UGCUAACGUACGAAAUGGACAUAUUCUUCCAACUUGGACACUAUCGGAGAUGAGAUUUACAAACACACUCCUACUUUCACAACACUGACCUCAAAGUAAUCUCUUUUCUCUCUUAUCUCUCAUUCAUCCAUAUAUACAUAAACCUGAACACCCUUUUAUUUUCACGUCCCAAAUCAUAAUUUCCUUACAGCAACACAAGCCUACAAUUCAAGUUAAUUUCAUUAGCAAGCUUGUUUAAUCCUAAAUUUUGUUAUGGAGAUGAAUUCAGAUCCUAGUGUUAUUAUGUCUGAGGCAGAAUAUGAAGAAGAUACUUUCUAUGCUGAUAUUAGGAGGCAGAUUUUGCUAUUGACAUCUGAAGACAACGAAGAUUUACUAGAAACAAGAAGUUUCAGCCCCAUUAAUGUCACUAAUGGUGGUUCAAACGGGUCAGUUUACAGCUUUAACUGUGCAUCUCCACCUGCAAGCAAUUUUUGUUUGUGGGAAAGACACAGUUCUGGUUCACCACCCCUUUGGCUAGUGAACUUGUGGAAGAAUGGUAAAGGUACUGGGGUGUUCAUUCCACAAGUGGCAUGCAAGAAAAACCAAAGACCAGGAAGAAUAAACAAUAGCAGGAAAAAAAUCUAUAAGCCAGUGGUAAAUAAGGAUUGAAGAGUAAGGAAAUUUGUAUUUAGUGGAAAUUGAAUAUUGUCGCUUGCUCAUAAUAAAUAUUGCAUAGGUUACAACGAUGAUGAUUCGUUAGAGGAGAAAUUGCAGAGGAUAAAAAGGGAGAAAAGUCCGUACAGAGUUUGCCUUUUCAUUCUAUGAUGAUUUUAGUUCAACUUUAUUGAUAUGUAUAUACAGAUUGUACCGUCAUUAUAGGGGAGAACAGAGAUAUUUGUGAUACUAGCUUAAUGUAAUUUUCAUUUCCUUUCUUAUCCA